AUGCUCUUUGUUGUGUCGUCAAAUGUUGACAAGGUCGAUCCUGCAACGAGGAAGCUCAUCCGGAGCCAUGUGAUGCUCGGGAAGAAAAAGAAAAAAAGGGGAGCACCCAACUCGGACAGGCGAGUGAUUCGGGCGACUCCUGCUCACAUAUCGCCCGUUGGACUGAAUGAAGUAAUGGAAACGUUCAAUCCCCUGCUCUACAGACGGGUUGGUCCAGACUUUUCAUUCGUGGACUUUGCCAAAGGGGUGGAACCGUCGAUCGCUAUGAAUCUGAACAUAACAAGUUGUUCCCCUGUCGCUAAGAGGGUCAUGUUCCCGCUGAUGAUGGAAAUUGGCUUCCAUUCGGAGAGCGGGGAGACCUUGUACCCCGUGGAGGCAGAUCCCGCCGCCCUUCACAUAACAGCCUUUUGCGUGGAGGAGUUCAUUCAAAGGGUCCUUCAGCGCCAGCCGAACAGCAUUAAUCCCGUGUCGAUGCUUCAUUUACAAAGAGGGCUAAGGCUUCUCCGGGAGCGACUGCUCGGGGACGAAGGUGAUCUAAAGAUCUCGGAUUCCACGGUGGGUACUGUCAUGAAACUUUGUGGAACAGCGCACUUUAAGGGAGAAUAUAAGGCCUCGAGGCACCACAUGGAGGGACUUCGGAAGAUGGUAGAUCUCAGAGGAGGUCUCGAUGUCUUCAAAGGCAAGUUCUUGCUCACCGAAUUGCUGAGAUGCGACCUAAGGAUCGCGCUACUCGAUGCAUCCACGCCUGUAUUUUACCGUCAACCUUCCGAACCAGUGCCUGAGUACCCCAAGAAGCUGGUACCCAGCCCUGACAGCAAGCCGUUCUCCGACGACAACGAUAGGUUGAUUCACCAUCUGAACAAGGAGCUCGCGACAGCAUGGUGGGUCAUGAGAAGGUUCUGCUUGAUCGUCAAUCUUGGGGUACAAACACAGUGGCCGGUCUACACGGAGGUCAUUCAUGACACUAUGGUCUCCGUAAUUUAUCGUCUUCUCUCUAUGGAGUUCCCGGCCAGCUCACUUGAUGAGGUGAUGCGCCUCGGUCUGCUUACCUUCUCCUACCAUGGCUUCUUACAGUGGCAGGACGUCAAACCACCCCACCAUGAAUUUCACACCACUUAUCAAGAGUGUAUCCUCCACCUCGGGGUCGUUGAAGGAGUCACUCCUCAGCUGACGCUUUGGCUGCUGAUGAUAGCAGCGAAUUCGCUCUUUGACAUCUCUGAUGAAGAAUGGCUGGAGAAUAGUAUGCGGGACUGUAUUGACAAAUGCCGUAUCAUGACAUGGAAGCAGAUGCAGGAACUAUUGAUGUCGUUCAUGUGGAUUCCACUACUGGACGAGCGGUCAGGCAUGCAGAUAUAUGAGUGGCUCUUUCCAGAUCAAGAGAAAUGA